GAUGUGUGCACUGUGACGGCCGGGUUUGAGUGUGGCACUCUGGGUCCUUUCUCUGCUCCGGUUCCCCCGAGUGGUGAGCUUCAGGCUGAAAGACAUUUCGGAAAUUGCCGCCCCUAAGGAGAACAGUCACCACACUCAUGGCAGGGAUUUUGCGCUCAAUAGUUCAGAGGCCCCCAGGCAGACUACAAAUGUUGACAAAAGGUGUGGAGCCCCUUGUUUGUACAGAUUGGAUUCGUCACAAAUUUACGAAGUCAAGAAUUCCAGAUAAAGUUUUCCAGCCUUCACCUGAAGAUCAUGAAAAAUAUGGUGGGGAUCCACAGCAACCUCAUAAACUGCAUAUUGUUACCAGAAUAAAAAGUACAAAAAGACGUCCAUAUUGGGAGAAAGAUAUAAUAAAGAUGCUUGGGUUACAAAAAGCACAUACUCCUCAAGUUCACAAGAAUAUCCCUUCAGUGAAUGCAAAACUGAAAGUGGUUAAACAUUUGAUAAGAAUCAAGCCCCUGAAGCUGCCACAAGGUCUCCCAACAGAGGAGGACAUGUCCAACACAUGCCUCAAGAGCACUGGAGAGCUGGUGGUGGGGUGGCUUCAGAACCCCACAGACCAGGAAGUGAAUAAGUCCUGAUGGCCUCGCAGCUUCAGAGUAAAAAGUGCAAGUCAUUUCUAUUUAAAGAUGGUGAGAAAGUGUUCUCAUUAAAAUAUGUUUUAAAUUCUA